AUGGUCUGCUCCACCGCCGUGUCCUGCAACUGCAGUACCCCUGCACCCACCUCCUGGGAUGCCGAUGACAUCUUCUGCCGUGGCUCCACACAUGCAUCUCCAUUGCCGCUAGCAUCUGUAACGCUUGUCAACAGCGCCGUCCCUGAUGCCACGACCAGCCAGCUGGUUGACCAGUCCACUGCACAAUGUUGCCAUUGUGGAUACCGCAAUUCGCAUGCUUCGAACUUUUUCUUGAUCGUGCUGUCCGGUUGCCCGAUUGUUUCUUGUCAUUGUUUUCCACUUUGCUACACCGCACCUGCUCAGUCAUCUCGUUUUUGUUCACUCUCCAUCGCCACUCGGCUUUCGUCCUUCACCAUGCAUUGUACAAAUCGUUCCGCGUCUUCGACAUACCCUACAGCCAAUACCCGCACUGGUGCGCCUAUUCGAUGCCGUCGCGCUGCUAAUCCCGAAGCCCGUACUCUUCCGCGCGGUCUUCCGGUUUCCGAUAUUCGCCUCCGCUAUGGCAGCAAGUUCCAUUCCACUCUCACUCAUUCAGCCCUCGAGUCGGAAGAAGUGCCGUGGACACCACCAAGAUCCACAGACUUACCAUGGUACUGUUCAAUAGCGUGGGAUGCUCUGGGAACGACUGAUCUCUUUGAACUUGCCCAUGCGGACAUGGACGCAAGCACGGACGAGAGAGCCGAGGAUCCGGUUCCCACUCCGAGGGUCCGAACCUCUUGUAAAAUGGAGACGCCACCUAUACCAGCAGCUGCUAACCCAUCCGCACGUUUCGGAAUGACCAACAAGGAAAUUCAAGAUUACCAGUACGGCUGCAUUCCACAAAGAGAGCAUGCGAUGGCAAAGGGCGAAAGAAGGUGA